AUGACCUUCUCCGAGAUCCUGGACCGUGUGGGCAGCAUGGGACCAUUCCAGUUCCUGCACGUGGCCAUGCUAGGCCUCCCCGUCCUCUGCGUAGCCAACCACAACCUGCUGCAGAUCUUCACAGCCACCACCCCUGCCCACCAUUGUCGCCCACCCUCCAACGCCUCUGCAGGGCCCUGGGUGCUUCCCAUGGACCCAAGUGGGAAGCCCAAGAGGUGCCUCCGUUUUGUACAUCCGCCCAACACCAGCCUGCCCAAUGACACCCAGGGGGCCACCGAGCCAUGCCUGGAUGGCUGGGUCUACAACAUCACCAGGAGCACCAUUGUGACAGAGUGGGACUUGGUGUGCAAAUCCAACAAACUGAAGGAGAUGGCCCAGUCUGUCUUCAUGGCGGGCAUACUGAUUGGAGGGCUCGUGCUGGGAGACCUGUCUGACAGGUUUGGCCGCAAGAUCAUCCUGUCCGGCAGCUACCUACUGCUGGCAGUCGGCGGCUCCAGUACAGCCUUCAGCCCCACCCUGACCGUCUACAUAGUCUUCCGUUUCCUGUGUGGCUUCGGGAUCUCAGGCAUCACUCUGAGCACAGUCAUCUUAAAUGUGGAGUGGGUGCCCACACGGAUGCGGGCCAUCACGUCGACGGCAAUUGGGUAUUGCUACACCGUUGGCCAGUUCAUUCUGCCCGGCCUGGCCUACGCCAUCCCCCAGUGGCGCUGGCUACAGUUAACCGUGUCUGUUCCCUUCUUCAUCUUCUUCCUGUCAUCCUGGUGGGUACCAGAGUCCAUACGCUGGAUGGUCCUGUCUGGAAAGUCCUCGAAGGCCCUGAAGACCCUCCGGCGGGUGGCUGCCUUCAAUGGCAAGAAGGAUGAGGGAGCAAAACUCAGCCUAGAGGAGCUCAAACUCAACCUGCAGAAGGAGAUCUCCUUGGCCAAGACCAAGUACAGUGCAGCCGACCUGUUCCGGAUACCCAUCCUGCGCCGCAUGACCAUCUGUCUUUCCCUGGCCUGGUUUUCCACCGGUUUUGCCUACUACAGUUUGGCUAUGGGUGUGGAAGAAUUUGGAGUCAACAUCUACGUCCUCCAGAUUAUCUUCGGCGGGGUUGACAUCCCAGCCAAGUUCAUUGCCAUCCUCUCCAUGAGCUACCUGGGCCGGCACACCACUGAGGCCGCUGCCCUGCUCCUGGCAGGAGGGGCCAUCUUGGCUCUCAUCUUUGUGCCCUCAGACAUGCAGACCGUGAGGACAGUACUGGCUGUGUUUGGAAAGGGAUGCCUCUCUAGCUCCUUCAGCUGCCUCUUCCUCUACACGAGUGAACUAUACCCCACUGUCAUUCGGCAAACAGGCAUGGGCUUAAGUAACAUGUGGGCCCGUGUGGGAAGCAUGACAGCCCCGCUGGUGAAAAUCACGGGUGACGUGCAGCCCUUCAUCCCCAAUGUCAUCUAUGGGACCAUCGCCCUCCUGGGAGGCAGCGCUGCCCUCUUCCUGCCUGAGACCCUCAAUCGGCCCUUGCCAGAGACUCUGGAAGACAUGGAAAUCUGGUCCUCACGGGCAAGGAAGCCAAAGCAGGAGCCAGAAGUGGAAAAGGCAUCCCAGAGGAUCCCUCUGCAGCCUUGUGAACCGGGCCUGGACCCCAGAUGA